AUUGAAAGCAAAAGCAUGGACGAAGAUGCAAAUCUGGAAACUCUUCCCGAGGAUACCACUGAUAUAUCAGAACUUGAAGCUUCAAAAGAUGAAGACCAAGAAACCAGUUUAGGUGCAUGGUAUGAUAGCAAUAAAAUUGCGUUUUCCGUAUACCUAACCAAACGAUACGACCUCCUUGGAAAAGGGCAGCAUGUGAAAUUUGACGGAGUACUGUUUAAUGAUGGGGACGGGUAUGAAGCAAUUACAGGAGUGUUCAGACCACAAACAAGUGGGGUUUAUGUUUUUACAUACGCCAUAGCACAGAGAAAUACAAAUGAGGUCCGUGUUAAUCUUAUGUACAACGGUAAUAUUGUCAAUGGAGCUAUUGCGGAAGGUAUGCACACAUAUCAUGAUGCUCAGGGUACAAAUACUGCAAUAAUACAUGUGGCUAAGGGAAAGCCAGUUUGGAUUGAGGCUGCAUCAAGAGGUGCUCUGGAGGGAAACAAUGGUGACAGAAGAUACACUACAUUCAGUGGCUUUUUGCUGUACGCUAGAAAUUAACUUUGAUUGAUAUGAAGUUAACAUUACUCCCAACAAAUGUUCUUGGACAUUUUCUGUUAGAGAGACAAAAUUAUUGUGUGAACCUUUAUUCUGAUAGUGGUCAUACUUAAUAUUUCUUAUAGUACUGAUAAAGCGAUAUGGUAAAAUAAUUUUCUUGAAAUAAACUUUUAUCACAAAAUA